AGAGAGGGAAAGAGAGAGGGAAGGGAGAGGAGGAGUGCAUUUGGGUUUGAUUCAUUCUGUUUUAAAUCCUCUCUGUGAGAAGCUGUUGUGUGUGUAAGAGUGUGUGUAAGAGAGUGUGUAAGAGUGUGUGGCACUGUAAGGAGGUCCAUUGACUGCUGGGAUUAGGAUUUCUCUCACAUCCGAUGGAGCUGUAAGAGUGAGUCUCAGUCUCAGGGUUCUCUCAGCAGCAGCUGCAGCAGCACCAUGGGCACGGUUCUGUCCAUCAACCCCAGCUCUGGGCUGAACGAUGGGUCAGAACCAGGGAGCGAGCACGGCGGGGGGAUCCUGAAGAAGCCCUCUGUCAUCGUCUCCACCCUCUCCUUCAAACGGCUGGUCACGGCUUCAGCCAAGAAGAAAAACGCCAUGAAGGUGAACCCAAACCCUGCUCCUCUACCAGCACCACCACCUCCUCAAACUCAAACUCAAUCUCAAUCUCAAUCUCAGCCCCUCGCCGUGCCCAUUCCCACCGUUCCUCCAGCCCAGAAGGUGGAGCCGGAUCCAGCCGAGGUCAAAACCCAGAAGCAAAUCCAGAAGCAGGCGAGCACCAACUCGCUGAUCACCCGCGUGGUGGUCCAGGCCUCGACGGGGGAGCUGCUGCGCUGCCUGGGCGAGUUCGUGUGCCGCCGCUGCUUCCGCCUGAAGGAGCUCAACCCCAACGAGGUGAUCCUGUGGUUCAGGAACGUGGACAGGACUCUGCUGAUGCAGGGCUGGCAGGACCAGGGCUUCAUCACGCCCGCCACGCUGGUGUUCGUCUACCUGCUGUGCAGGGAAACGGUCAGCGAGGACAUUGACAGCCAGUGCCACCUGCAGGGCAUGUUCCUCACCUGCCUGUACCUGGCCUACUCUUACCUGGGCAACGAGAUCUCCUACCCUCUGAAGCCCUUCAUCAGCGAGGGCAAUAAGGACGUGUUCUGGGAUCAGUCGCUGGGCGUCAUCGACAACACGAGCGACAAAAUGCUCCUGAUCAACAUGGAUCCGCAGUACUUCACCCAGGUCUUCCAGGACCUCAAGAACGAGGGCGAGACCAAGAAGGACGGAAGCGACGUGGAGCGCUAACAAUACAAAUACAAUCAGCAGGAACAAUCAGCAGGAACAAUCGACAAGAACAAUGUGCAUGAUGAGUUUCAUUACAAAGCACUACU